AUGUCUUCCUAUGUUCUUCUCGCAAACUUGAGAGCAGGCCGUUGCUCAAACACCGCUGAAGUGCGUCUUCUGAGGUUCUGGGAAGCUCGCAACGUCAGGAAAGAUGGAGAGCUUAUGAGCCUUGACAUGCUUCUCCUCGAUGAACAGAUAAAUCCGAUAGUGUUCUGUUUCUUAUUUCUGUCAGUUAGACCUAGGUGUUUAAUUGUUUGGUUUAUUCUUGACUCGUUGCAGUCUAUGCUGAUACACGGGAGCAUCAACUCAAGCCGCGUUGACACUUUCCGGAGGCGGCUCAGUGAAGGCUCUGUUUACUCUCUCAGUGGUUUCGACGUCGCACGGGCUAACCCAAAAUUCCGACUCUCUGUGUCUCCGGUGUCCAUACGCUUCAAUGAUGGAACAUUUUUUGAAACAAAAACUGACUCGGACAAGGACAUUCCGACUGAGUUAUUCAGGUUUCGCAGCCAUGAACAGCUUCUGACAUUGGCAAACACUAACAGAGAGCUCCCAGGUCUAUCUCUUCUGUACUAA